CGCUGACCUUCCCUCCCCCAUCUCUUGACUACUAUAUCAUCUCUUUCUCAUCCUCCCAUCCUCCCAUCCUCCCAUCCUCCCAUCGAUCCAUCUCUCAUUUCUCUUCACUCUUAACCCCCACCUCACCCACACCCACAUCCACAAUGUCCUACAACAACGACGUCGAGCGCAACUUCUCCAACCUCUCCGUGGACGAGAAGCAGCAGGUCCUCCACGGCCAGGACGGUGAGACCCAGGAGCGCGGCUGGUCCAACGCCAAGAUCGCCGGUGUCACUGCCGGUGGCCUUGCUGGUGCCGCCGCUCUUGGCGCCGCCGGAUACUACGGCUACAAAAAGUACAACGAGGACGACAACGACGAGGAGAAGGCCAAGCAGGAGCAGCAGCAGCAGCAGCAGCAGCAGCAGCAGGACAACAAGGAGGCCGAGGACGGCGAGGGCUGGUCCAAGACCCAGAUUGCCGGUGCCGUGGCCGGUGGUGCCGCUGCCGCCGCCGCCGUCGGUGCCGCUGGUUACUACGGCUACAAGAAGUACAACGAGAAUGACGACGAAAACAACAAUGAGAACAAGGAGCAGCAGGAGGAGAAGAAGGAGGGCGAGGGCUGGUCCAACGGCCAGAUCGCCGGCGCCGCUGCCGCAGGUAUCGCCGGUGCUGCUGCCAUCGGCGGUGGUGCUUACGCUAUCAAGCAGCACAACGACAACGAGGACGAGGAGGAGCGCCGCCAGGAGGACGAGAAGCGCAACAACGAGCAGCAGGCUCAGCAGAACAACCAGCAGGAGGACCACAACCGCAACCAGCAGCAGUUCAACUCCAACUCGGACAACAACAACAACCACAACAACAACAACAACAACAACGGCAACAAGUCGAACGAGGAGAUUCAGAACGACCUUGACGAGGAGCAGCGCAAGCUCGACGAGGAGCAGGCCGGCCUUGACCGCGAGUGGGCCGAGAACCGCCCUGACGAGUCGGACAUCCAGCGCCGCCAGGACGACAAGAACCGUCGCCAGGACGAGAAGACGCGUCGCCAGGAGGAGCACGACCGUCGCUGCGCCGGCAACUAGGGUGUACGCCAGCUCGCCGAUCGCCGUUGAGCCUUUGCCAGGCAUGCAUGUACGAAAAUCAAUCACGAACAUUCACGAGGGUCGUCAAUAUUCACAGGAGUGGUAGUAGUAUGAUGGGAGUAUCUUGAGCAUAGCAGUGGGUGACAAUGCGGCGAUUGCAAGCACUGACAUUGGUGGCUACUAACCUCGCAUAACGUGGUCAACACGGUCAGCCAAGUUGGCAUGUCGACGAUCUUGAGUCUGUGCACCUCACGCACCACACGCGGAGCGUUGUCAUCGUCGCUGAUCGCUGAUUACCAUCUUCCGUUGGGGGGUUGCAAUCUGAUUGUGCCUGAGAGAUGUAUCUCUCCUUUACCAUACCUCCUUGUCGGCUCAAGCCCAGGCCCAGGCGCAUACCGGACUGCCACCUCCGGUACCAUGCUAUGCAAG